CCUCCCUCUCCCCCUCCUCCUCUUCCCCAUUCUCCACUUCCUCCAUCGCUCGCUGCCUCUAUCGCCAACCUAGUGCGAACCCCUCACUCUCCCCCCUCUCCUCCCCCUCCUCCCCCUCUCCCAUUCCAAAAUCCUCCAACACGAAGACACUGGUCUCUAGAAACUCCGCCCACCACACAAGCCACGCCCACUCACACAGCUCAAACACAAACAUUGACAGAGAAGCUCACACGUUUGCUAGUGUUCCAAUUCAGCGUAUAAUGGAGUACAUGCGCUCCAACGAUGCAUACCGGUUCUGUUUGAAUGAGUUCAGAACGUUCUCAAGCAACCAGCAACUUUUCUUCGCCACUUUUGACUCUGGGUCCAGCGUGUCUUCGGUUGAAGAAGCACUUGCCGACAGUUCUGACCUCAGGAACUUCACCAGGAGGAUGUUGCCUGGUGUACUGGGGGAAAGACACUCAACUCCUGUCAUUUUACCAAGUGCACGAGAAGUCGGUAGAUUUUUCUCGAGACCCGACCUCGACUCGUUUCUGGAGAGCCUUUCGCCCGAGGACAGAGCGGUGGCAGCCGAGAUCAGAUCGUCCAAUCAGAUCGCAGCGAGAAUGAUCUGGGACACCACAUGGAGCGGCCUCAUCAGGAGAUAUUCAGAUGAAAUUCGAAGCUACCGAUCACCAAAUCAAGGAACUAAUUUUCCUCUUGGCUUGGACUACUCUCCCCCCUCUUCCCCUUCCUCCCCCUCGUCCUCGUUAGGUUCCUCGCCACGCCUCUCUUCCUCCGUCCCCUCCCUCCUGCCGUGGCCGGGGCCAGAGGGCGAGCGUUUAUCGAAAAGCUUCAAGCUCUGCAGAGAAAUUUGGAGCGGAAUGGAUAUGCAUCUUCAGACCAUAGGAAAUUGGAAGUAAGUAUGAGAAGGGAGCAUUUACUAGAAGAUGCUUUCCGUUUUCAUCAUGGGUACAAAGGCCGACCGAUUACGACGAAAGAAAUGCAACAUUACGUGGGACACGGAAGAGGGGCUCGACUACGGCGGACCUCAGCGAGAGUUUUUCUUCAAAAUCUCUCGUCUCCUCUUCAAUCCCUUCUACGGUCUGUUUGAGUACUCCGCUCAGGGCUCUUACACCCUCCAGAUAUGUCCCCAGUCCAUUCACAUCGCCGAUGCCCUCAAAUGGUUCCGAUUUGCCGGUCGACUCGUGGGGUACGCUAUAUUCAGGGAAAUCUGCUGGACGUUUUCUUUGCCCGUCAUGUGUACAAAUCUCUGCUUGGCCGGGCUUACACAGUUCAUGAUAUCGAGGCAUUGGACCUGAGUUUCCACAACAGCCUAAAGUUUGUUCUAGAGAACGACCCUUCGCCUCUUGAGCUCAACUUUACCGUUCUGGAGGUCAACUUUGGAGAGAUGAAGGAGAAGGAGUUGAAAGUGAAAGGAGGACAGGUGAGUGUGACGGAGGGCAACAAGACGGAGUACGUUGAUCUGAUGGUGCAGUGGAGACUGGGCAGGGGGAUACACGAACAGACCAAGUCGUUCAGAAAGGGACUACUGGAGAUGGUACCAAUGGAGUAUCUCUCAGAGUUUGACUCACAAGAGCUGGAGUGGGUCAUUGCUGGCACUGCAGAGAUCGACAUGGACGACUGGAAGAACAACACGUCCUACUGGGGAGGUUACCAUGCCAACAGCCAGGUUAUCAGAUGGUUCUGGGAGGUGGUUGAGGAAUUCACUAACGAGCAAAAGCUGAAGCUACUCCAGUUUGUAACGGGGACAUCGAGUAUUCCGUUUGAGGAUUCAGAGCUCUCCGUGGUUCCAGCACCGUCCAGCAGUUUACCAUAGACAUGUUGGAUCUCCCAGGGCAACGGGCACCUCUCCCCAUAGCCCACACCUGUUUCAACAGGCUGGAUUUGCCCGCCUACCAAACCAACAAAGACCUCCGAAACAAACUAACACUCGCCAUUGAAGAAUGCGAAACGUUCGAAAACGCCUAGGUUUAGACUAUUAGCUCUAGUAUGUCUCACAUUUUUAUACCACAAACGUUUUUUAUAUACCCCUCAUAAUAACACGAUUUUCGCGCAUGCGCAAUGAUUGCGUAGAAUCUGCGUGUCGUAAUCAACGGGCGUCUUUGUGUAGCGUGUGUGUGUCAGGACAACGGAAGACGCUUUUUCCCAGGCAUGCCGCCGACGUCGAGAAAGAAGAUGGCGUUGCUGGAGGGGCUGGACCAGUACUCGGCCUACUAUUCAGUCAUUUGCGUCUUCGGAUCCGUGGUCGGCUGCGUGGUGGUCCCGCUCAUAACUCAGUCCAUCGAAGGGAUAAUACUUUCUGCCAUAGUCAUCAGUCUAACAGCUAAAACCAUUCACAGCCGUUCGUUCAACUUCAGGGAAGAACCUACGCUUGUUUCCCAGGACGACCGUAGACGUGGAGCGAAAGAUGCUAGUAUCCACGACAAACGGACGAAGAAGAAAAAGCUCCAGCCACCGUCAACAAGACUAGUUGACAGUGAGUUGGUCCGACGGCAGAGACAAGAAGAACUGAUGAAACUACAAGAACAGCGAAACAUAGAAAAGCAACAGAAAUUUGAAGGGAAGAAGUUGAAAAAAGCUCGGAAGAGAGAAGAAAAGUUGAAACAGAGGGAAGAGGAAGAACGAGAGAGAGAGAGGGGGGCUCAGCAGCGGCGGGAGAGAGAGGAGAAGAAGUUGCAGCAGAAGCAGAAAAGGGUACCAACUGGAAUGGCAUGUUUGGAAUCUAUUGACUCUCCGUCUCGACCCCCGCUCACUCCUCCGAGGGAACGGAAGAACUCGUCCUCGUCCUCCGGCUCCUCGCGGUCCAAUCGCUCCCUCCCUCGGCCACGCCCACCCAGGAUGACACCGCGCGGAGGAUUCUUUCGGGCGUCAUCUGAUUCGAACAUCCCGGCUCCUUCUCCACCCCUCCCUCCCCAUCUUCCCACCCCGAUCAAUGACCUCCCACCGCCUCUGGACUCGCUGGACCAGCCCAAGCAAAGCUCGGGACAGCAAACUGGGCACAAGAAACAGAACUCUGCUGAAAAAGAGGGCGUGUCUCUCUUUCCAGACUCCUGUAAUCAGGUCUCUAAUAACAACCAGACUCUUCCUCGGAACCAACCCUCGCAAGUUUUCGCAGUUAACCCCUUGGCACCCAGCAAGGCUGUAAUGACCACGGCAACGUCACUUGUUCCGGCACCCGGUACAGCAGCAGUGGCUGUAGCAGCUAAGGCGGGCUAUAAUUGGAAUGAACAUAUCUACUAUUGGUCUCUGGAUCAGGCCGGACUAACAAGACCGCUACAGUAUGGGUGGGACCCUGUCGCUCCGCCUCAUAAUUACAGCUCCGGACCUGUCGGUAGUAACUUACAGCUGCAGGUUGCACCAACGACAGUGUUGUGGGGUUCCAGGGGGGCCUUCUCAGCUCCUGGUUCGACCAGCACUCCUCCUACCCCUCCUUCCGCCACACGCUCUUCAUUUGGUGUCAUAGGUAAACUAUCGACAACAACAACGCCUCCGCCCACUGAUUUGUCAUCGUCACGGCAACCCCCAAAAGAACUUUGUUCAUCUUCUAAGGCCGAGAGUGACGGGAAAAAGACUGGUAAUAAUUGCGGGGGCUACUCUUUGUUUAGCAACGGUGGACAGACAAUUUUCGGUGAGUCGCUUCUCAAUGGACAAGUUUCUGGCAGACCUACUGUUUCCACGGAGACCUGUAUGAGUGCUGAUGAUUGCUCCUCUAAUGAAGGGGCUUCCCCACGGAAGAGAAGGUUCGAUGAGUGGCCAGCUCUCUGAAAACCUGGAUGUAGCAUAUUGUUACCAUGGCAACUCAAUGAUAGCCACAGCAAAUUUGACACGUUGGAAAAUUAUUAUAGAAAAAAAACUGCCAGUGAUUUCACUUGAAGAUUUUUCCUUACUUCAUGUUGGCGCAUGCUCGCGUAUGCGGGUGCAGCGAAUUAUGUGAGAUGCCAGAUGAUGAUGCAAUUUGC